UCGUUUCUGUUCAGUUUAAGUUCAACACUGAAUAAAACACAUUUCUUUAUCGUCAUGAUUUGUGAAUGAAUGAAUCCACACGGGCCCACAGUUUGCAUCCUUCCUAAACCCAUCUUCAUACCGUAAGGACACAGAGCGGGUAAGCGCGCGCUUCAUCCACAUUGCUUCAUUUAGACGAUAUCCUGUUCAAAUUAUCACACACCACGCUUCUCGGUUGGUCCCAUCCAGUGGAGCAGUUCAGUCGGGUGUUGGAUGCCUGAUCGGAUAGGACGUGUUUCGUCAGAUGGGAGUCGAAAGGUGGUGGAAUGACUUAGUGUUUGAAUUUAAAAAAUAAAGUUUGAUCCCAUUUCAAGUUAAAAAAUAAAUAAAAUUCAUCAAAUAAGUUUUGUGUUAAUCAGACUCGUACUGUGUAUAAAGGCUGCACUGCCGAGGAUUACCCGUGGUUCAGUGGAUGGAUACAAACAUAUCAAUAUGAAUGGAAUUAAAUCGUUCAACUGUGCACUGUUGAUAAUCGUGUGCGUGCUUUUCAGAGUCUACACUUCCGUUCACAUCACCAACCUAGACGUGCCGCGAACGUACAUCCUCGAACGGGAGGAGUUUAUCACAGCUUUCUCUGCAGGACAUCGGCAUCCGUUGGUUCAUAUUGAAUCCGAGCCUGAUGAGAGUAGCAGUAGUAGUCCAGCAGCGACACCCACAAUUCCUGAUACGAACUUCACUGCCGCCGCCGCCGCCGUUGCCGCGAGCAACAUCAGUAGUAGUAGUGGUAAUAGUAAUGAUGGGAAAAGUUCCCACGAGAUUAAACCGCUGAUAAUGGACUGCCAGUAUGAGAUCAAGGCUAACGAGUGUGGUUUUGUGCUGAAAUGGUACUUUAACAAAAAGUUAAUUUACCAAUGGAUACCGGCGCGGAAUCCCGUUGGAAUGAACCAAUUCAAAAGUGAACUGAGGACCAAUUACUCGAUGUCGGACCUGGCCAACUACAAGUACCGGGCUUUGGUGAUACAGCAUCCGAAGCUGAACCACAGUGGAGAGUACAUGUGCUCCGUGCAAACGUACGAAUCGUUCGAUCGCAAGGCAGCUCGCUUUCAAAUCGUCGUACCAGAAAAGAGGCUGCUCCUGCAUUACGAAAACGAUGCCGAAAAAAAAAACAUGCUCCUGAUAAAGUGUAGCGUUUUUAUGAUAUAUCCUGAGCCAAACCUGGUACUUGUGGUGAGCGGCGAUUUGCUCCUGGUUAGCUCACGUACCGUGGUCGUUUCGGAUCGGCACCGCAUGUACAACAAAACCAUUUACGGUUUGAUCGACAAACAUCUGCUCAUAUCGCCCACCUCGAUAGGGUGCGUUCUAACGGUUUCCGGAUCCAGCUAUGUGCGAAAGCGCGAAACAAUCUAUUACGAUACUACUCAGCUGACGAGAUGGAGCCGGCUGCGAAUGGACGAGCAAGGACGAUUCGAGAUUAGCGAUUGCUCCGGUCGUUCGAGCGUGUCCUUUUUGAUGACAACGAUAGUGUUAUUUUCGAUCUAUCGACGAUAUUUUAGAGUACGCAUUCACAUUUAGAAUUAAAUUUUCUUACGAAUAGAAAAUGAAGAACCGUGUAUGUGAGUUACUUAUCCGAUAGCCAUUAAUGAGUUAGUAUGUAGCCUUUGAACGACAUUGGUACGGUAAUGGUAGGGUAUCACGUAAUACAAGCUGUGCAGUCAUGAGCCCAGUCCCAAAGCCGUAUUUAUCUGGGAAAUUGGUUUACGCCUUUACUACCCGAGUAGGUGAGAAAAUCUAACGAAUAACACAUUCAGUUAUUAAUAAUUGAAUUGCUGAAAAGCAAAAACUAAAAUUGGUUUGAUUGAGAUAAGAGGUAAACAGCAGAAAUAAUAUCAAAAUCUAGUGUGGAGAAGUGCUCAAUAAUAGUUUGUUAAGAUAUUACAAGAUCAAAACAAUAGCAGACAAGAUUUGUCGACCAUUUUCUUGGAAAAAAAAAAUUGCCAAUAUCCAGCAUCGAACCUACGACCUUAGGAUUCACAGGCGGCGAUGCUACUUACCACUCAA